UGUCAUUGGCUACUACCUGGUCAGUGAGACAUGUCACAAUAUAGUGUUAUUUUCCCUUCUGUGGAGCAUGUUACAUGUUUGAUGGACGUCGCUCGGAAUUAUCACCAUUAAUGCCAUUUGACCUUGUUUAUAGAAAUAGUUUACGGCAACAUUAGACUCUUUUCUCAGAGAUCCGUUCACUCAAAACACUUGACAAGCUACAGGAAAGAUGAGUCGGUUCCUAAACGUCCUGCGAAGCUGGCUUGUAAUGGUGUCUGUCAUCGCGAUGGGAAACACCGUGCAGAGCUUCAAAGAUCACAGCUUCCUGUCGGAGAAGCUUUACACCGGCACGCCAGAGUUUGUCAAUGGUCUUCAAGCUCGAACAUUUGGCAUUUGGACGCUGCUGUCAUCCAUCAUUCGCUCUGCCUGUGCCAUUGAUAUUCACAACAGGACGUUGUAUCACAUCACUUUGUGGACAUUUGUCCUUGCGCUGGGUCAUUUUCUAUCUGAAGCCUUCAUUUACAAAACUGCACCUCUCACAAUUGGGGUCAUGGCACCUCUUAUUGUGGCCAGUUUCUCAAUCAUAGCAAUGCUGAUUGGAUUCCAGUGUUUUCCAGAGACUCCAGAGGAAGUGGGAGCGCAGCAAAAGAAACGGAACUAAAUGUCCUCAUGUCCAAGGGUCCACUAGACGUGUUUGGAUUGAUUGUGGUGUGCUGCUUCCCAGAUGUUAUUUUACAGUAUUUCCUACAGUGAAUCAAUCUUUCUCGGAACUUUACACGUGGAUUCUCAUGCUCUCGACAUGUCUAAGAUUGGAAAACAUGAGAUUUAUUCAUUUAACAAUGGAACAGAAACUCCACUGAGCCCUCUUAUUCAUGUCAUACAAGACACUGGACUCCAGUCAAGUUAUAUGAGGAAGAAUUUAUUUCAGGUGUUUGAAAUACCAAGGAGUGUCAGAUCUUCACAGUUUUGUAAAAUAUCCUAAAAUUCCAUAAAAUGAUAAAUUAGCACCUUAGAGUAAUCGCAUAUUCUGUAAAAGAGAAACCACAACACAAAAAGCCACAUGUGCAACAAAACAAAUUAAUCGCAAACUAUGCACAUUAUGCAUUUCUCUAUUGUGACUUUACAAGCAAAGCAUAUUUUUAAUUAAUAAAAUAUCGUUUUUUUUCUUGUGCAAAAU